AUGUAUAAAAUUAAUUUAAGUUUACUCUGGUUUUUUAUUACCAUAAUUGGAUUCAUUUCGAAACAAAUUAUUGCCCUCGAUUGUCGUGACUACACUGAUCCACUUUCUUACAAAUCCACAAAAGUUAAAUGCGAUAUUGUCAAAAACGAAGACUAUGACAAAAUCACAGCAAACUCGACCGAGUUUUUGUCCCCCAGCGAAGCAUUCGUUAUUGACUUUACAUGUGGCUCUAGUGACACAACCCUGUGCGAAAAAGCAAAGAAUGCGUUUAUUUCGGCUGGUCAGAGAAUUGCAUCGGUUAUUCGAUUUAAUACGCCUAUAAGAGUGAAUGCAUCCUUUGCUGCGUUAUCAGCUAAUACUCUUGGAUCAGCGAAGCCCGCUCGAACAAUUCCAUUACAAGACCAAGACGGAAUAAUCAGACUUUACCCUCAAGCUCUUGUAAAACAGAUGCAAUUUCCUUCGCAUCCGGAAUUUAGUACAUAUGAUAUCACAGCAUUAUUCAGCUCCACGGCUGACGUAUUUUUUAAAGAAGAUGUAACAAUACAAACGAAUCAAUACGAUUUUGAAUAUAUUGUCACUCAUGAAUACAUUCACGGUCUAGGAUUCAUCUCUUACUGGAGAGAGUGGUUCGUUCCCGACUUUCCAGACCUAACUCCAUAUCCCGAGUUUUUAGUAGAUAACACAGAUCCAAGUAAACCGAUAACUUAUACUGGUUUCACCGAAACGGCCUUUGAUAGAUACAUGGUGUUGAAUACCACAGAUAAAAUAAAGAUGACAACUCUAGCACAACAAAUAAACAAAUUUGCACCGAUAGGAAAGAAAUUUCCAUCAUUGAUUUCAUUUGAAGAAUCAUUCCUUGAUUCUAGGCAAUCAUAUAUUGCGGAAAAUCUAUCGUAUGCGGCUAUAAAUCCAUACUCUAUGGAUUUUGUGACAAAUGAUUCUACUCCAGUUAUUCUUGAAACAAAAAUAAUUCCCUUUAAUCCUGGUUCGAGUGUUACUCAUGUGGACACCCUGUACAUGAACACCUCUGAUUUUCUGAUGGUAUAUGUAGCUCAACCCGGUAUCACUUUAGAUGACAUUAUUAUAAAAAAUGGAAACGCAUCUGGUGGAGCAAUAGGCCCUUAUCUCACCAAAGUUUUAGAAACAUUAGGAUAUACCACUGCAAAUAAUCUGUCACCAUAUAGGCCCACCUUACCAAAGUCUGGCUCUAAUAACAUUUCUCCUUCUUUAAGCAUGGCAAUUAGUUUAAUUAUCACUAUUACUUUGUCGCAAUAUUUUAAUAUAUUUUAA